AUGGUUCAUAUAUCCAGGGUCCGCAAGGACUCGGAUGCGUUCCCCCCAAAGUUCCUCAAACGUGUCGACACCCUAGAUCUUGAUGAGCCUCAGGACCAUGACUUCUACUCCAGUGUCUAUGGCUCUCGGUUUGCAGCAGAAGAUCUCCCUACCGAUGAGAUGCCGGAGAAGGAGAUGCCUAAGGAAGUUGCCUACCGAAUGAUCAAGGAUGAGCUCAGCUUGGACGGUAACCCCAUGUUGAAUCUGGCGAGUUUCGUUACCACAUAUAUGGAAGACGAAGCUGAAAAGCUCAUGACCGAGUCGUUCAGCAAGAACUUCAUUGACUAUGAAGAAUACCCCCAAUCAGCCGAUAUCCAGAAUCGUUGUGUCAACAUGAUCGCACGCCUUUUCCAUGCCCCCGUCGAUGACGGUAAGGAUGAGAAUGAUCAUGCCAUGGGAACUUCUUGCAUUGGAUCUUCCGAAGCCAUUAUGUUGGGAACGCUUGCCAUGAAAAAACGCUGGCAGAACCGCCGCAAGGCAGAGGGAAAAGACGCCUCUCGCCCCAAUAUCAUUAUGAGCAGCGCCGUCCAAGUUUGCUGGGAGAAGGCUGCCAGAUACUUCGAUAUCGAGGAGAAGUUCGUCUACUGUACUAACGAGAGAUAUGUGCUUGACCCUGAAGAGGCAGUAAAUCUAAUUGAUGAAAACACCAUUGGCAUCUGUGUGAUUCUAGGAACCACCUAUACCGGCCAGUACGAGGAUAUCAAGGCUGUCAAUGACCUCCUUGUCCAGAAGAAAAUCGACUGUCCUAUCCAUGUUGAUGCUGCUAGUGGUGGCUUUGUGGCCCCCUUUGUGAACCCAGGCCUUGAAUGGGAUUUCCGCCUUGAGAAGGUCGUGUCCAUUAAUGUUUCUGGACACAAAUAUGGCUUGGUCUACCCUGGCGUAGGAUGGAUAGUCUGGCGAUCAACCGAGUAUCUCCCGCAGGAGCUAGUCUUUAACAUUAACUACCUCGGGGCCAACCAGGCGAGCUUCACCCUUAACUUCUCCAAGGGUGCUUCGCAGGUUAUCGGCCAGUACUACCAGAUGAUCCGGCUCGGAAAGCGAGGAUACCGUGCUAUCAUGCUCAAUCUGACUCGCACCGCGGACUACCUGGCAGCCUCCCUCAAGGAGCUUGGAUUCAUCAUAAUGAGCGAUGGCAAAGGUCGUGGUCUACCACUUGUGGCCUUCCGUCUUCCACCAGAGACAGCUGAAAAGUAUGAUGAGUUUGCUAUCGCCCAUCAGUUGCGUGAACGUGGCUGGGUUGUGCCGGCGUAUACAAUGGCGCCUCAUAGCGAGAAGCUGAAACUCAUGCGCAUUGUUGUUCGAGAGGACUUUAGCCGUAGCCGUUGUGACAGCUUGGUCAACGACUUCAAGCUCGCUCUAAAGCAGCUAGAAGAGAUGGACAAGAAAACACUGGAGAAGUACCGAGAAUACGCUCGUAAGAGAGCCACGAGUAUUGGAAAGUACGAUCAGUCCACCAAGGCAUAUGAGGGAGAGGAUCACUCUCUCCAGGGAAAGACUGGAAAGACACAUGCCAUUUGCUAG